UAGUCCUAUAAUGGUACAUGCUCGUUUGCUCGAACUCCUUCCCUCCAGGGGGUUUGUUGACAAACAACUAAGCCUAGAGCCUAGGCGUCAACAGAGAAAUUACAGUAUGGCUUCAGUCACAAUCCGUGCAGUAGAACGGAAAAAAAAAGAAGGAAGUUUUAAAGAACCAGAAAACCUGGUUACACCAGGUGAUGUCAUAACAACAGAAAGUGGUGUAAUGAGGGGACAUGGCACUUACAUGGUUGAAGAAAAUUUAUAUGCGUCUGUGGCUGGGAUGGUGGAGAAGGUCAACAAACUGAUAUGUGUACGACCUUUGAAAACAAGAUAUAAUGGUGAAGUUGGGGAUGUUAUUGUCGGAAGAAUCACAGAGGUUGGUCAAAAAAGAUGGAAAGUGGACACAAACUGUCGCUUGGAUUCCAUGUUAAUGCUUUCGUCAGUGAAUCUACCUGGUGGAGAAUUACGAAGAAGAUCAGCUGAAGACGCACUUUCAAUGAGAGACUAUCUCACAGAGGGCGAUCUAAUAAGUGCUGAAGUACAAACCAUUUACCAAACAGGCGUUGUCUCUCUCCAUACAAGAAGUUUGAAAUAUGGGAAGUUAGGUCAAGGAAUUUUAGUGAAAGUCUCACCUUCAUUAGUGCUACGACGCAAAACUCAUUUUCACAAGCUUCCAUGCGGAGCUACGGUUAUCCUUGGUAAUAAUGGAUACAUUUGGAUCAGUCAGAAUUCAAAUGAAGAAGAUGAGGAGAUGGCUGGGGGAUUUAUACAAAACUUAGAGCCUGUGCCCAUCGCUGACAGAGAGGUCAUUGUGCGACUUAGUAAUUGCAUCAGAGCUCUUGCACGUCACAGGAUGAUGUUGUAUGAUACAAACAUCCUUUAUGCCUUUGAGGAAUCAUCAAAAUACCAGAUUAAAGAACUGCUUACAACCGAAGUCAUUGAUGAUGUUGUAGAACGGACCCGGAUUCGUCUUGAACAAGAGCAAGCAUAGGUGUUAGUGAUAUCCUUGUGCUGAACCAUAAAAGGCUGGCUUAGAAAACGUAGUAAGACACAGCCCCCGACAUGAUUUAAUGUCACCUUUAAGUCGAAAAAAAUGUUUAAAAAUCUCUCUGCACUCGCACCCGAUAGGGUUAAAAAUCGCAUCAGGCUACGUUUUACUGAGUUGGCAUUGACUUUGUGAUUCAAUUGGCAAUUUAGCCUCAUCUAUGCUAACCUCACCUAGCUUAGCCAGGCCAACCUAUCCUUGCCUAACAUGAACCCAUCUGCAUUCAUUUCAUCUUGGCUUACAAAACAGUAACUAGAGACAACAAAAAAUCAAAGCAAGGUUCAAUGUUACAUAAACAUUCAGCAUGCCUGCUGUUUGCACCUAAUGAAAGGUGAUGGAAUUGAAUUGAAGGUCUUUUGCUAAGGGUGUAAAUUUUAAUAAAAGUUUCCUUUUGGAAAGUCAAAAAAAGAAAAAAUAAAGAAAGAAAGAAAAAGAAAAAAUUGAUCACCC